AUGGCAUCGCUCCAUAUCUCUCCUCAUCUCACGGCGCCGGCGGCGUUACCAGAAGUGAGACCAGUACGGGUGGCCAAGAAAGUCCAGACGGCGGACAUCGAGGUGCUCUUGUUGUCGGGCCAAAGCUUGAAGCUGAAUACUUUUGAAGGUGACCAAUGGGAGCAGCUGCAAGUUCGUGCAGCGGAGAUCUUAGAGGUUCCUCCUUGUGCGGUGCAGCUGCUCUCUGCGGGGCAGCCCUUGAAGCUCCAUGAACCCAUCGACUUAGAACUGUCUGGAGGCAUUCAAGUGGUGAAGCUGGAUCUCAGCAUGCAAGGUGCAUGGAAGGUGGAUAUCAGCCAGGGAUACUCCUUCAUUUUGACGGUGGAGGGUGCUGAUGGCUCCUUUGAGGGAGAAUCCUAUGGUACCUGGUCCAACAUCGAGGUCGAUCCUAGGACUGGGAGCUUGAAGGCAUCUUGGGUCUCUGGCAAGUAUGGGAACACUGGCACGCUGAAGGGUACCUUCAACAGUCCGCACGGCGGUAUCUACGAUGCUUUCUUUGAUAGCGGCCAGAAAGUGCACUCGGCAACUUUCAAGAGGGUCAAGUAG